AGAGCUCCGCAGCAACGCAAGAAGGACUGACAAUCGGUGUGUCUGAAAUAACCCCAUUAGACAGGAUAUGUUCAGAAUACACAGCUGGACUUUGGGAUGUUUUAUGGACUCGGAAUCGAAAGAGAUUUCUUUUUGUCCACAUCUAUGUAGGACGUGGCGUUUGCGACUGCAUUGAAGUAGUCUAGAUUUGCGGCAAAAGAAAUGUGCAUUCUUUUUUAAAUUACGCGCAAAGACAACAAUAGCAACCUGGACUACUCUUUUGAAACAGGAAUGGUUUAUCCUCUUGAAGGUUUAUUCUACAUCGAAAUGGAUCAAGCACCAGCUCUCCCUCCCAGGUCAACAAAGCCAGUGUCCUCCACCAUGAACAACAACUGCCUUUCGCCACCUACUUAUACGCUACAGGACGCUGAGUGGUAUUGGGGAGAUGUAACCAGGGAUGAGGUGAACGAGAAGCUCCGUGACACACCUGAUGGCUCCUUUCUGGUGCGUGACGCAUCCACAAAACUGCAAGGAGACUUUACGCUGACGUUACGGAAAGACGGGCACAACAAGCUGAUCAAGAUCUACCACCGUGAUGGGAAGUACGGCUUCUCAGACCCCCUCACGUUCACUUCAGUAGUGGAGCUCAUUUGGCACUAUCAGCACCAUCCGUUGGUGGAGUACAACGCCACACUGGACCUAAUGCUCACCAACCCUGUGUCCCGCUUCCAGCAGGUGAAAGAGGACAAUGUCGAUGUUGCUGGAAGAAAGCUAAAGGAGGUUCACUGUCAGUAUCAAGAGAAGUCCAAGGAGUUUGAUCGCCUUUAUGAAACUUUCACAAAGACCUCACAGGAGAUCCAGAUGAAGCGGACGGCAAUUGAGGCCUUUAAUGAGACGAUGCUGAUCUUCGAGGAGCAGUGUCGCGAACAGGAGCGUUACGGAGAGGAGUUUGAGAUGAACAAUCAGACCGAGGGAGCCGACAAAGAUCUGGAGAGCUUUCUGAUAAAUUAUGAGAAGCUGAAGUGUCGUCUUGGGGAGAUCUAUGACAGCAAAAUCCAUCUGGAGGAAGACUUGAGAACUCAGGUGGAGGACUACAGAGAGACGGACAGGAAGAUGAACACCUUGCGGCCCGACAUCAUAGAGCUACGCAACAUCAGAGACCUGUACCUCAACUGGCUUAAUCACAAAGGCGUAAGGCAGAAACGCAUAAAUGACUGGCUGGGGCUUCUGAGCGACAGCCUCGAUGACACGUAUGUGUUGAAGGGAGACGAGAAGAAUUUGCCGCAUCAGGAUGAGACAAAUUGGUUUGUUGGUGAAAUGAGCCGGACGCAGGCCGAGGAGAUGCUUCAAGGUAAAGCUCCUGGAACAUUCCUGAUCCGUGAGAGCAGCAAACAGGGAUGCUACGCCUGCUCUGUCGUGGUGAAUGAAGAAGUGAAGCAUUGUAUGGUCUACAGCACACCGCACGGAUACGGCUUUGCUGAGCCCUACGACGCCCACUGCUCACUGAAAGACCUUGUCCUGCACUAUCGCCUGCACUCUUUAGCGCAACACAAUGACGCCCUGGAUGUUCGGCUGACACAUCCAGUACACGCCAAAGCUGCAGCCACGCCUUCCCAACACGCAGAGGAACACAAACUCUUACAGACUCCAAAACACACUGCGGGACUUCCACCUGCCGCUCCAGAAAUGUAAUCCAAUGGAAAGAGACAAAAGGACAUGUUUACUGUAUUCUGCGAGAAUGACUGCAUCGAGGUGCAUUGUGUAAAGUUUUGCACUACAGUGAUUCCAUCAGUUUUUGUGAAUGGGAUUUCACAGAUUGAAGUGGGACUGGAACUUGAAUGUCAGCUUGAACUUUUUUUUUUUCAAAGAGACUGUUUAAGCUUUUUAAUUAUUAUUUUUGUACUUCAUUUAUUGCCGUUUGUUUAAUGGACACAUUUUUGGAAGUUGACAACCAGAAAAAUCAGGUGCACCUUUGUUUGACUUCAACUUUUACAACCAGAGUUGAUGUUGCUAGAGAUGUCCAUUUCUCUAGUUAAAAAUAUAUUCAGUUCUGAAAAUCUGACCAAUAGUUUAGAAAUAUAUUUGGUUACUAUGGAGUUAUAUUUGUGCCUCAUUUCUGAGCGCAUGAUGGCACAUUUUGAACACAACAAAAUAUUUUGUUGAAGCACAUAAAUUACAUUUAGUAGAGAAAUUAUCUAUAAUGCAAAGAAAUGUCUAAUUUGAUUGAGAAAAAACAAUGCUAAUAUCCACAUAAACACACAAUGAUAACCUCUUGUGCACAUUGCGUAAAUGUGUGCAUUAAAAAAAAAAAUCGAACACAGUUUAGUUGGGCAGAGGGUAGUGCAUCUCAUUUUAUAAGAAUGCCAUCAGGUUGUUUAUAGUGAUUAGUCAAUGUAAGAAUUGGAGUCAAUUCAGGGCUCCAGACUUGCAAUGCCUUAGCCGUGUAACUGGCAAUCAGCAAGCAAGCCAGCUAGAUGUGUUAGCUACUGCACAUACGGCAGGCUUUAGCCCGCAACCUAACCAAGAUAGCUCAGCUGCAAGCUAAUAAAGUAUAGACAACUAAUAAAAGUUCAUAAAACUAGGCAUCCACCCAAAACUGUAUAAACUACUUGUGUGGGGCUGCGGAGCUGCGGAGCUGCUUCACAUUCUUCCCUACUCCCCUAGUAACCGAUAACAGUAACAAUCAGACUGGAGACACAACAGCCAAUCAGGAAUUUCCUACUCCAGUUUUCUGAUUGGCUGCCGUUGUGGCAAGUUGAGUGCACGGAAAAACCUGAGCAGAGAGGUCGAGAGUAAGAGAAACACUGAACUAGUGUCCAAUCACACAGAGCAUUGAGAGGGGACAUUAGUCAAACUUAUGUGGAUAAUAAGAAACACUAGCAAGUGUAUAGAGCGCAAAAUUCUUUGUGCGACAAUAAUUUCUCUACAAAAUAUAAUUUCUGUGAUUGUAGAAAAAAAGAUUUCUGUGCGCAAAAUGUCCCAUUGCGUCUUCGGGGAUGAGAAAUACGUUACUACUACUUAGUGCAUUUGUGAGGGGGAUAAUGGUGCUGUAAACAGGCUGUUUCCGUCAAACUGGUUUGGUGGACCAAACCAUUUUUGGGUAAAUGCCACGUGUGAAUAUGUGAAAAGUCGUGGUGCAUCUUGACAAUUUGCCCCUUUCUUUCAUAUACAGUGGAUACAUAUGUAGCAUUAACAUCCUGUAGAAUACCAUUGUAAGAGCAUACUCAAUGUUAUAACCAUUGACCAAAGCACUUAAUAGUGAGCAAAACUACGUCCCUGUUAUGUCCAGUAAUUGCAUUUGGGCAAGUGGAGGGCAAUUUAUGUACACCUGCUGAUGUGCUGAUCAAAACAUAAUCUGAAGUACUGUAUGUUAUAUUCUGUUACUCAAAGAAGUAUAAGCUUUUUGUAUUCUAUAUAUAUUUUUUCUAUAAACAUGCCACAAGAUGAAAGCUUGAAGAAAGUGCAAUCCAACAGUGUUUCUAUUGUUGCAAUGUAUGACGAUGAUGAUGGUGGUGAAGGUAAUGCUGUUAUGAGAGGUUGACAUUUGCCACAAAAAUGCACUCUCUUUGGUGGUGUCGGUAUGAUGUGGCCUCCGAUGUUUGUGUGAACUGCCAGAGGUCCGGAAGUAUCCUGCCUCCAUUACUUGAACUGUGGCAUUGCUCGAGCUAUGAAUGUUUUUCAUGACAUGCAGCCUACAUAGCUUAAGAGGAAAGGAAUCCAUGUUGAACUUGGCACAUUUUUCAAGUUUGAGGACAAUAGAUACUCUGUACAGAGAAACUGUAAAAUGUAUUUCUGAGGUUGGUUUAUGGAAGGAGGAUGAUUAAGCCUCUUAUAAAAAUAUAACUCCACUGGGGGAUUGAGGAAACUCCUCGGGUAAAGCUGAGCAAUGUGAGAUCCUGACCUUUUUCUUGCUGAAAGACAAUAAACUGAUGAGGGUUUUGUCAAUUUACGUAA